UCCAUCUAAAAAGAGAUUAAUACAGAUCGCCAUUGUUCAUCCACCUCGAUCUUAGACUCCUGUUCCUAAUCCUAUUUCUGGGGCACCAUUGCCUGUCGCCACCCAAACUUCACGCAUCACAUGCACGCGGCCUCUCUCCCCCUGCAUCUGCAUGCCUCUUUUAGCCGCAAUCCUCGUCUCCCAAUUUUAAUUUUCCCCUUUCUGCACUCCGCCUGCUGAAUCCCUCGUGCAGCAAUCGCGAUCGCAACAAGAUCGAGCAGCGACUCCCUGAUCGAGCGGCUUGCGGCGAGGGUACGGUGCCGGCGUGAAGAAGCAUAGCCGGGGGCAGAUUGCGAUUGCACGUCGCGUUAUUCCGUUCAGAUUCGCCGCCAUUGCCGCGUUCUUGAGCUGAUCAUAGCUGAUCAGGAGGAGGAGGAGGAGGAGGAGGAGGAAAGCAUGAGGAGAGGGCAGCGUGGCGGAGCCCAAUGCUCUCCCUGAAGCUGAGGGCCAUCCUGUUCCCCUUCCAGAUGGAGCCCCGGCGCGAGGAGCUGCUGCACGAGCUCGGGGUCAGUGUCCGUUGCGUCGUCUCUGUCGUUCGGAGAUGUGGGACGAGAUCGGGGAAGGGGAGGAGGAUCGCCGGGGGAUGCUGCAAGCGCUGGAGGAGGAGUGCCUCAACGUCUACCGCGCCAAGGUCGAGCAGGUGCGGCAGCACAGGGCGCAGCUCAAGCGGGAGAUCGCCGACUCCGUCGCCGAGGUCGCCGCCAUCUGCGCCACCAUUGGCGAGCCGCCGGCCACCGUGCAGACGGCCUGCUCGUCGCUGCAGGGCACGGGGAGCCUGAAGGAGGAGCUGGGCUCGAUCGCGCCGGAGCUGGCGGAGAUGAGGCGGCGGCGGGAGGAGAGGCGGCGGCAGUUCUCGGACGUGACGGAGAGGGUGAACAGGAUCCACCAGGAGAUGAACCUGGGCGGCGGCCAGCCCCGUGUUGUCGCCGACAGCUCCGACCUGACGCUGACCAAGCUCGAAGAGCUCAGGGCGUACCUGCAGCACCUGCAAUCGGAGAAGGAAAGUCGCACCAGGAAGGUGGCCGAGCUCAUGGCCUCGCUGCAUUCUUCGUCCUUGGUUCUCGGCAUGAAUCCCAGAGAGAUCAUUGCCACUCAUGGCGGCGAUCAAGCCGGCCACUUCAGCGACGACGCGAUCGCGAGGCUGGCGUCGGAGAUCGAGAGGCUGAGGGAGAUCAAACGGAGCCGAAUGGGGAAGUUGCAAGACCUGCUGGCCAGCAUGCUGGAGCUGUGGAACCUGAUGGACACGCCGGCGGAGGAGCAGCGGCGGUUCCAGGGCGUGGCCUGCAACAUCGCCGCGUCCGAGGACGAGAUCACGGAGCCCAACGCGCUCUCCAUGGACUUCAUACGCAACGUGGAGGCGGAGGUGGUGAGGCUCGAAACCCUCAAGGAGUGCCGGAUGAAGGACCUCGUCGUCAAGAAGUACGAUGAGCUCAAGGAGAUCCGCCGGCGCGCGCGCCUGCCGGAGGAGGACGACGGCGACGCCGUGGCGAUGUUCGACGCCAUCGACAGCGAUGCUGAGCGAGCCCUGAUCCUGGAACGGCUGGAGGUGCAGAUCUCGGAGGCCAAGGAUCUGGAGUUCAGCAGGAAGGACGUCCUCGAGAGGAUGGACAAGUGGCAGGCGGCGCUGGAGGAGGAGUCCUGGCUCGAGGAGUACAACAGAAACGAGAACAGGUACAAUGUGGGCAAAGGGACGCAUCUGGUGCUGAAGCGCGCCGAGAAAGCGCGCGCAUUGGUCAGCAAGAUGCCGGCCAUGGCGGAAGCUCUGACGGCGAAGGUUGUUGCCUGGGAGAAGGAGAGAGGCGUCAAGUUCGAGUACGAUGGAGGCGCUGCUGGACAUGCUGGAGGAGUACAGCAACGCGAGGAAGGAGAAGGAGCAGGAGCGGAAGAGGCAGCGGGACCAGAGGCGGCUGCAGGGCGCGGCGCCGGAGCGGGACGCGUCGCCGGUGGCCCGGCCGCCGCCCAAGAACAUCAAGAACGUGACGAGGACGCUGUCCAUGGGCGGCAGCGCCAGGAAGGCGUCGGCGUCGUCGUCGAGGCCGGGCACGCCGAGCUUCCUCAAGUCGCCCAUGUCCGCGCGGCGGGGCGGCAGCGACGAGGGCCAGAUGAUGGCGUCCGACUCCUUCGAGUGAGUGGUUAGCUCUAGCGCGGCCUCUGGUCUGUCUACCCGAGGGGCAUUAGGAGAGGAGGGCUCAGCUCUGGCCAUGGCAGUGAGCUGAGUUCAGCUGCAUCUCGAUCAACAUCUUCUGAAUCCUCAGUUUUUUCUAACUGUUUCCUGCACAGCUUCUUAGAGAUUAUGCAGAGUAGCAAGGUCUUUUGUUAAUAGGGUGUACAAAAUCAUUACGAUGUUAUUUCUGCAACAAAAAACGAAUGAACAACACAG